ACCAAUUGUCAUGAGCUUUAGCAGGGCGGGCAAAAUGAUAUUGGACGUCCGUCUGUACAAGCGCACUGUACUGUAAAUUUUUUUUGCUGUGCGUAAAAACUGUCCAAAAGGCGCGUCCGCAUUUCAUAAAAAAAAAAAAAAAAAGAGGCAAUUGCUCAAAAUCGUCAACGAAUCAUCUUGAUAUUGUACUGCAUCUAAGAGGGUCAACAACAACAAUCCGACAUGAACGUUGCUACCUUACUCUCCAAUACCUUAUCGCCUGAUCAGGCUAUUCGAGAGGAUGCCACUCAGCAGCUCGAGUUGGCUGCUCAGGAAAACUAUUCUGCCUAUGUGUUAAUGCUGUCGCAGGAACUUGCAAAUGAGGGAGCCGAUCCUAACAUUCGUACCGCUGCUGGUUUGGCAGUGAAAAACUCUUUGACUGCAAAGGAAGCCAGCCGUAAAGAGGAUUACAUCAAUAGAUGGCUGAGUGUUGACGAAAAUACGAGAGCACAAAUCAAGCAAUGGUCUGUCAACACUCUUGGAAGUUCGAAUUCUCGCGCAGCUCACACUUCCGCACAAGUUGUUGCAGCUAUCGCAGAUAUCGAAUUGCCAGUCAACCAAUGGCCUCAACUCAUCCAAAGCUUGCUCGACAAUGUAACAUCCUCUGACAAUCCUCUCUUAAGACAAGCUUCGCUUGUUUCUAUUGGUUUUGUCUGUGAAACGACUAAUCCCGAGGUGCUCAAAGGUCAAGCAAAUGAUAUCUUGACCGCCGUCGUUCAAGGUGCUCGUAAGGAAGAAGAAAACCAGGAAGUUCGACUUGCUGCCGUCAGAGCUUUAUACAAUUCAUUGGAAUUCAUCAGAGAAAACUUUGAAUCCGAGUCUGAGAGAAACAUCAUAAUGAUGGUCGUCUGCGAGGCUACACAAAGUACCGAGGAACAACUACAGGUUGCUGCUUUUGAGUGCCUUGUCCGCAUCAUGCAAUUGUACUAUGAUAACAUGUUGCUCUAUAUGGAGAAGGCUUUAUUUGCUCUUACUGUUGUGGGUAUGAACAACGAAGAACAUGGCGUUGCGUUGCAGGCUAUUGAGUUUUGGUCAACUGUGUGUGACGAAGAAAUUGAGCUUCAGCUGCAUGCCGAGGAGGCUGCUGAUGCCGGAGAGCAACCUCAUCGUAUCAGUCACGGCUUUGCUCGCUCUGCAUUGCCUCAAAUUCUCCCAGUACUUCUAUUUCUCCUUACCAAGCAAGAGGAAGACGAAGAUGAGGAUGAAUGGAAUGUGUCUAUGGCUGCUGCUACCUGUUUGAACCUCUUUGCUCAGUGUGUUGGAGACAACAUUGUUGCUCCCAUUGUUCCAUUUGUGGAAGCAAACAUCUCUAAUGAAGACUGGCGCUACCGUGAAGCGGCUGUUAUGGCCUUCGGAUCCAUUUUGGACGGUCCAACCCCAGACUUGCUGAUACCACUUGUUGACCAAGCCCUCCCUCUUCUAAUCCAAAUGAUGAAGGACCCUGUUGUCAAUGUUAAAGAUACCGUCGCAUGGACUUUGGGACGUGUUUCCGAUUAUCUCCCACAAUGCAUUAAACCUGAAGUUCAUCUGCAAGAUCUCAUUACCGCCCUUGUUCUUGGCUUACAAGAUAGCCCACGUAUUGUUGCCAAUUGUUGUUGGUCACUGAUGAAUUUGGCGGAGCACAUUGGUGGAGGCGACGAUUUGAACAUGCCAACGUGCCCACUUUCCAUGUACUUUGAAGCCAUCGUCCUUGCUUUGCUACAAUUCACUGAUAGACAAAACAAUGAAGCAAACUGUAGAACAUCUGCUUACGAAGCUCUAUCAACGUUAGUUGGAAAUGCUGCCAUGGAUUGUCUCACCACUGUGCAACAAGUCAUUGUAGCAACACUUGAUCGCCUCGAAUCCACCAUUGCUGUACAGAACCAGAUCAUUGGUGUGGAUGAUAGCAACGCCCACGCAGAGCUUCAAUCCAACCUUCUUAGCGUUCUCACUAGCUGCAUUCGUAAACUCAGCGCUGGUGUUUCAGUUGUAUCUGAUCGUGUCAUGACUGUUCUUCUACAAAUGCUCUCCACUGCUUCCAAGCAAUCAUCUAUUACUGAGGAUGUUUUCUUGGCUGUUGGCUCUUUGACUGCUGCUCUCGAUAGUGAUUUCUCCAGAUACGUUGAGCCUUUCGCCCCCCACCUCUACUCAGCGCUUCAAAACCCCGACGAGCAUCAGCUUUGCGCUAUUGCCAUCGGUCUCAUUGGAGAUAUCUGCCGUGCCUUAGGAGAGUCCUCCCUUCCUUACUGCCAAACCUUUAUGCAAUUGCUUAUCACCAAUCUUCAGAGCCCAGUUCUUCACAGCGAUGUCAAGCCUGCCAUUCUGUCUUGCUUUGGUGAUAUUGCUUUGGCUAUUGGAGCCGAAUUCGAGCCUUUCUUGGACCUUGUCAUGCUUGCCUUGCAGCAGGUUGGAGGCAUGCGUGCUGAAAAGGACAACUGGGAAUUGAUGGACUACGUCGUACGCUUGCACGAGGGCAGUGUUGAAGCAUACGUUGGAAUUGUUCAAGGUCUAGGCAGUGGUCAAAAGACUCCUCAUGUGCCAGCAAUAUUCGGUUUCUUGGGCAUGGUUACUACUGAAGACACUCCCACUGAAACUCUCGUUCGCAGCACAGUUGGUUUGAUUGGUGACUUUGCUGAUGCAUUCCAAGGCGGUGAGCUUAAGCAGUAUCUGGCCGCUGACUGGGUUAUGGCCCUGAUUAGAGAAGCUAGAUCCAACCGACACUACAGCGACAGUACAAGAGAAGUAGCACGAUGGGCAAAAGAAAUGGUCAAGCGAGCAACCAAUGGCCUAUAGAUGCGUUUUACCAACUACUUUUUUCUUCUGUCUCCCUUUUUAAUUCAUACACUCGACUUCUUUUACUUCUUCGCAAGUGCUUUUUCUUCCUUUUUUUCUUCCCGUUCUUUGUUAUCUUUUCAGUGUAAAA